AAUGAGAAACAAGUGAAAGCAUGUGCUGUAAUAUUACCGAUGCCGAACCCGAGAGCUCGCUAAGUUCUUUUCUUAAAUACACAUUCUACCAAAAUCAACACUGCCUUCGCGCCAACAUGUUAUUACCUCUACCUCUGGGAAGUCAGUCCUUGCCCCUUGCAUCUCUAGAAGACUAGGAGCGCCUCGCCUCUCCUGCGGGGAAGCUGCGUUGCACUACCAAACAUGAGCUGUCGAUACUAGCAAUGACUCACGAAGCGCCAUAGGACUGUGUAUGUGGCCACGCGGGCUUAGCAUUAGCAUCGCAUAGCGGGCACAAGUAACGCGGACUAAACGGACACGGCCGGUCAGCGGGCGGACGCACGUUACUAUCGGUUCAGGCCUUGACCCAACGGGAAACGUAGCCUCGGAGCUCUCGGUCACGGUCUGCAACCAGCAGCUUUCCGCUGAGGUCCAAAAAUGCCAGGCGGCGGCGACCUCGAGCACAUGCAGCACCUUCCACUGGUCGCACUGCCUGGCGAGCAACCCUCGCCUCAGACCCCUAGCCGACCCCAGUCUGGAACAGGGGGCGGAGGCCCCUUGAGGGGCUACAGCCGGCAGUGGGGCAGUGAGGCCGGCGGGCCCGUAACAGCAGGAGAAGCAGUGGAUGCAGCCCAAGGCGUCGGCGACAGCAGCGGCGGCGGCGGCAUUGGUGCGGAGCCAGAAGAACUAGCACCCCGGGCAUCAUGGGGGCUCUCCAUAUUGUCGGACUCCCAGCGCCGCAUACCGCUGGCAGCCCGUCCGCCCGUUCUGGGCGCCGGCGCCGUCAGUGCCCGCAGCCGCCAGCCCAGCAGCAGCAGUGGCGAUGGGAGCAUUGCCGCCGCCGCAGCAGCAGCAGCAGCGGCGGCGCAAGCUGCUGGCGCUUGCAUUCCGUCUCGAGGACCCUCGCCCGGUCGCGCAGCGCUGUACCCUUCGCCCUCACCUCAGCCAUGCGAGCCGCCGGCCGUCACUGCGCCGGGGGCGACUGCCGUGUCAGCGUCAUCAGCGGCUGUCGGCGCCAGCCUGUUAAGCAGUUCAGGCAAUCCUAUGUCAACGCCCAGCCAGCAGUCUGUGGCUGUCUCUACGCCGCCCCGCAACACCCCAGCCGGCCUCAGAGGCGCAGCCUACGCAGUGGCACCGCCGCCGGCGCAAAUGCCGUUGCAGCUUCAGGCGCCUGUGCGACCACCGAUGGCCUGGGCAGCUGAAAACCGGGGCAUCCCGCAUGCAGCCGGGCCGGGGCCGAGUGCCGUGUUUGGGGGCUCACAUGAGACUAUCACCUCGAACGACGUCUCGGUGUCAGCCUCGGCUUCUGCAGUGGCAAGCGGCUCCUCCGGACACUCCUCCGCCAGGUACUUGAACCCACAGCUGCCAAUGCCGCCCACUCUGCAGCCGCCGCCGCUGCCUCCGCGGCACCCACAGCCACUGCCAGGCGCGGCGCAGGGCCAAGCGCAGCCGCUGCCCCACACACCGCUGCCGCCACAGCUGGCGCCCGCUUGCGCGGCUGCCAGCACACCACCAGGAUCAGGCACGCCCGCUUCCGCCACCUCGCCCUCCUCCUGGGGCGACAGCUCUGCCCCGUCCCCGCCCAGCGGCAACGGGCCGCCUACACUUACAGCGCCCAACGCACCGUCGCAUCCAUUGGCUGGUGGCCGCCCCGCCGGCGGCACCAACUAUGACGCUCACUCCGCAGGGGGCGUCAGCGGCGGCGGUGCCGCCGCUGGCUUGGAGUACGCGCUACCAGCAGGGUACCCUGGAGGUGACGGCGGGUGGUACGGCGAGAUGCUGUGCGCGGCGGGCGGCAGGCGGCCGCUGCUGUACGGUAGGGAGUGGGAGGGGCUGGUGCACGAGGUGACGUGGCGUGUGGCGCGGGGUUUUGGCUUCCAGGCCUUCAACCUCAACCCCGACACACGCGGCUCGCCCUCGCCGCAGUGGACCCCCGCCACUGCCUUCCUGGCUGGCGACCACCUGUGUCGCCUGUUGGCACACAAUCUGUUGCCGCGCAUGCGCCCGACGACCUCGCAGCUGCGAGCCGCAGCCGAGGCUGCAGCUGCUGCGGCCGCUACCUCGUCUGCCCUGCCGCCGCAGCCAGGCCUGGAAGCCGGGGCAGCGGCCGCAGAGGCGGCCGCCGCCGGUGCCGGCCGGCCGCGCUUUGCACUUGCGGUGUAUGAGCUUCACACCUCCAUCUUCCACGGCUACGAGCGCGGUUGGUGCGCACAUGUGGGGCUGCCGCCGCGGCCGCGGGAGGCGGCGCGCAAGCUGGCGGCUGCGCGGUGGUGGGACACGGGCGCGGUGCACGGUAUGCUCCUGGAGCUGUGCCUGUACUUCCUGCUGUACAGCGAGGCAGCCAACUUGCGCCACACGCCCGAGCUGCUGUGGUUCCUGUUCUGGGCGGCGGCGCACAGCGACACCGCGCGGGCGCUGUGGCGUCGAGGCAUGCCGCUGCUGCCGCCAGAGGCCGUGGCGGCGCCGGCGCCGGCAGCGGGGCCGGAGGCAGGACUGGGGCAGGCGCGGGGGCCUGGAGCUGGCGUUGCGGGGGAGGGGCUGCGGGAGCGCCGUGUCCGCCUCCGGAACCAGCUGCAGAGAAGCAUCUCGGCGGUGCAACUGGCGGCGGGCGGCAUCAUUGCCCGUGAGCCUCCCUGCCCCGCCAUUACGCCGGCCGCCACGCCUAGCAGCAACAACGCCAGCAGCAUCGCGCCGCCGACCUUCAGCCCCGCCGCCGCCCGGCAGCUAUACGAGCUCGCGACCGCCGCGGCCGAAGAGGCGGGCGGCAGCCCCCAGCCGCACAACCCGCAGGCGCUGACGCCGGAGCUGUGUGCCGCUGCGCUGCCGGCGUGUCGCUCAGCGGCGGCGGCGGUGUUGCCGCACGUGAGUGGAUCCCUGCUGGAUGCGGAGCUGGCGGCGGAGAUGGCGGCGUUUGGCGACGGCGGCUUUGUGACCGAUCGCGUUGUGACGCCGCUGUUCUACUUCCUCAGCUACGAGAUGGAUGCACUGUUUGACGCUGGUGUGGAGGUGGCCCAUCGCCUGGGCUAUGACGACGUGAAUGAGUCGCUGUGCCGGCAGGACGUGCUGGGCAGGCUGCUGGCGGAGCUGGGCGUGCAGCGGUCUCAGCUGGAGGCAGGAGACGUGAACGAUGCCUGGACCCGCAUCACACAACUCGGACAGCCCCGCAAUCGAUGCAGCAGCAACAGCGACAGCGGCCGCGCCGCCAGCGCAGCUGCAGACAACAGCAACAGCAACAGCAACAGGGGCGCAGCGCCUGCGAGUGAGGUUGCUGGAGAGGCCGCAGCUCCAAGGGGGCCGCCUCAGCAGCAGCCGGCAGCGGCACCCACCGGGUUGGCCCCCUUCGACGCGCAGCGCGCUGCGGACUUCUGGAGCAGCAAGGUGUUUGUCAAGACCUACCGCGAGCGGCGCAGCUGGGCGGCGGUCUUGCGCGCCUUCUACCGCGUCUUCAGCCUGCAGCUGGUGCUUCUGCAUUUGGAGCUGGCGGCCGCCUUCGCGCCCGGCGACUGGGGUGUGCUCAGCAGCGCGAUGCUGACGCACGCCUGGCUGGCGGCGGCGGAGCGGUUGGCCAACUGGUGGAUGACGCGGCGGCCGGCCGACCCCAUCGCGGCGCGGCAGCGGCGGCGGGCCAAGGCUGAGGCUCGCAGCAGAACGAAAACGGAACGGCGACGGCCCCCGAUCGCCACUGCCGCCAGUGCCGCAACAGCGGCCCCAAAGAAGAUUCCGUCGCCUGCCGAGUCCGCCACUGCGGCACGAGCGGCCCGGCGGCCGGUGUGGCAGGAGGGGCAGCCGCUACUGGGGGGGCUGCUGGGUGCGGCGGACUGGGUGCUGGCGGCGGCGGCGCUCACCUUCCUCUACAUUGUGUACUGGCAGGGCUUUGGUGUCUUGGACGACCCGACCGCCUGGGCGCCGGGCGGUGCCAGCCUGCAGCACUGGGUGCGGGCCUACUGGCUGACGGGGGCGGCGGUGUACGCGGCGGUGGUGGUCGGCCACGAGCUGCUCACCACACGCUUCGGCUACCGGGUCAGCGGCCUGGCGCUACUGCCGAUGCCGGGCCGCCUGCGCCGCCUGCUGUCCUGCUACAGCGCCGUACCCGCCGCCGAGUGCUGGCUGGAGGGGCGGCUGGGCGUCACGUGGCGUGUGUGUUUGGCCAACUGGGUCAUGUGGGCGGUGGUGAUGGCGGCCAAGGUGGCGUUUGAGUAUUACGCCAUCGCCAAACCCCUGGUGGAACCGGUCCGCGCGCUGCUUCAGCGGCAGUGGCUGGGCUGCACCACCUCCCUGCUGCGGCGCAUGCUGCCGGCCGCCCUGGCCGCCUCGGUGCCCUGCAUCGACGGCGACUGGAUUCUGGUGGCGCUGCGGAUGGCGCCGCUGGUGCUUGUGUGCCUGGCCGACACCACCAUCGCAUACAACGUGGUGAUGGCGCUGUUCGGGCUGGCUCGGGGGCUGCUGCGGCUGGACCUGGGCACAGUGGCCAGCUGGAGCGAGCUGAGGGCGGAGUUCCAGAAGAGCCCGGUCAGGUGGUGGCGACGCUGUAUGUCCGCGGAGGGCGUGGCCACACACCGCCGGGCGCUGCGGCGCGAGCUGCAAGAGACCGGGCACGCCGCCGCACAGGCCGCGACACUCGUGCCCGACCGGCCACUGGCGCCGCUGCCGGGCGCAGACGACGAAGACGACGAGGGCCACGGCCGCGGCAGCAGCGGCACGGGCGGCAUCGGCAGCAGCAGCAGCGUCGGCGGCGCACAAAGCAGCAACAGCCUGCUCGCUGACGUUGAGUAUGGUGGUGGUGGUGCUGGUGGUGCGGAGGCGGGAGAUGGCCACACCGCACCCUCAGCAGGAGGGGCGGAGGAGAGGGAGGGCCGCACGUGGUGGGCUGAUUCGGGUGUUGUGGGACAGCGGCGGCGGCAGCGGCAGCAGCUGCAGCAAGACGAUGGGCAUCAGCGAAGGCGCCGGAGGCGUUACCUCGGCAUAGAAUCUGAGGAUGGCGGUGGGGAUGACGACGAGGGCGCGGAGGCAGCGGAGGUGCCGGCAGCGUGCGGUGGCGCAGAUGGACAGCGGCGGCCGCGGCUGCCUGGAGCUGCCAACAACGGUGACAGCAGCGCAGGAGGGGAGUCAGACACGGACAAUGUGCAGGCUGCAAUCACCGCCGGACGGCCGAGUGACGCAGUGGAAGCACCUGCGGCCGCCGGCAGCAGCGGCGCAGCUGCCACUGAUGGCAGCCGGGGCCGCGGCGCGGCGCUGCCUCCUGGCGGGGUGGCAGAGGCGGUGGAGCCAGCGGCAAGCACGCAGGCGACGGCGCCGUCGGGGGCGGCUCUGGUGGGCUUCUUUACGCCACGCCGUCGCCGUGACACGGUCGGGUCCGCGAUACGGUACGCCGCCGCUACAGCUGCAGGCAGGGCCGACGGUGGCUGUAGCAGCGGCGAGGAGGGUGCGCACAGCCCGCCGCGUAGCCCCGCUAUCGGCAGCCCGCACGCGGUGUGGAGCCCAGGCGCAGCGGGGCUGUGGCAGCGCCGCGGCACGCCCACGCGGAACAUGGGCAGUAGCAGCCAUCAGCAGCAGGCGCCCCGCAAGCAGCACCACGAGGCGCGCCCCUCGAGCUACUGCCGGAACACGGUCGUGCCGCUGCCGCCGCAGCCGCAGUCACCCCUGCUCCCGCGCUCACCGUCGCCAGUGAGACAGGUGCCUGCAGCGACCACCUGCGCGGGCGGCGGCGGCGGCGGCUCUCCCCGCGGCACGCCCCGCGGCUUUACCCAUGACCGCCACCGCGGCCCCCAGCGGCCUGCCGGCCCGGUAGCUGAGGUGACGUCACCGCCGGCAUCUAACAGCCGCAACCCCGGCGGCGGCGGCGGCGCUCUCAGCCCGCGCUCCGCAGCCUCGGCCGCGGCCUUCGCUGGCGCCCCCUACGUCGACCCUCGCGUGUACGGCAGUGGCGACCGACGGCUUCCGGACGUUGCGCCGCACAGCGCACCCGCCUUCCCCUCGCCCACAGGGCAGGACGGCGGCAGCGGCCAGCGCGACCAGGACGGGCCCGGGCCGGUCACUGCCGCUGGUAGCGGCGCCGCAGCGGCACCAAUGCUGCGGUUUCAAGGACCGGCGCUGCCGCCUCCAGCAGCCCUAUCCUCAACCCCAACCAUAGCCGGCGGCGGCGGCAGCGCCGGCGGCGGCAGCGGAGCCCUCAGCAGCCGCCGGACGCUGCUGACGCAUGCCAGCCAGGGUUCGGUGAACGUGAUGGCGUCGGUGGAAGUCGGCGACAGGCAGGAGGCCACUGUCGGCGGCGGCAGCAGCGGCGGCGGCGGCAGCAGUGGCCGGGUGGUUGGGGCCGACCGCGUUAUGGCGCUGUGUCGUACGGAGGACCUCAGUGUGGAGGAGCUGCUCAGUCGGGCCAACGGAGAUCUGGCGGUGUGGGACGCGUUCGCGCGCGUGUGGGACGCGGUGGUUGAGGACCUGCGGGGGGCGGACCUCAUCAGCGACCGCGAACAAGACAACCUGCGCUUCAUGCGACUGCCAGCGGGGCACUGCAGGACCCGUCACACGCUGCGGCCGCUGCUGCUGCCCCCUUUCUUCUAUGCUGGUGUGGUGGAGGCGGCGGUGGACACGGGCCGCCUCAGCCCCGGACUGGGUCCGGCGGCGGCGGCGGGGCCGACCAACUCGGGCGCCACCACCACCAUCUUUACCGAGCUACGUUCCCUGUUGGUGUGGCUGGGCUGUGAGCUGUGUGUGCUGUCGGCGGUGCAGGCCGAGGUGCUGCUGAGUACGCCCUUCAUGCACAGCACGGCCGACAUCGAGCACAGUAACAGCCGGGCCCGGCUGCUGCGGGCGGGCCAGUCGCUGGUGAAGCAGCUGGACGAGCUGGCGGGCCCGGCCGCUCGCCACAUCCACACGCUCAACAGGCAACAGCAGCAGCAACAGCACCACCAGCAGCAGCAGCAGCAGCAGCAGCAGCAGCACUACCACCAAACCCAUACGCAUGCCCAGGCCCACGCCCAGCACCUUCAGGGCUUCAAGGGACGCCACGCCGAGGGCAGCAGCGAUGUGGCCUUUGGCCGCUCCGCAGCCACCAAGGGGCCCGACAUCCGCAAGCAGCCAGAAGCCGCGCCGGGUGCGGCGGAGCUGGCAGAGGCAGUACCACCGUCGGCGGUCGGUACCUGGCAAACGGCGCCGCCGGUGGCACCCUCACCGGUGGCGUCUGUGUCGGCAGCCGCGGCGGCGGCGGCGGCCCGGAGUGUGGCGGGCAGCCUGCGCGAGGUGGUGGAGGGGCUGGCGGCGGAGGGCCAGGCCAUGCGGCGGGCGGUGCGCAGCGGACGACUGGGCCGGGCGGCAGAGGUCGCAGCGGAUGAGCUGGAGGAGGUGGUGGCGCAGGUGCUCGCCGACGUGGUGGCUCGCCCUACAGACGUGCUGGCGGCCUGCCUGACCAACAUGCUUCCCUCCGGCCGCCGUGUCGCUACCGCCUCCUCCUUCACACGCGACCACCCGGCGGACACCCACACCGACCUGCAGCCAACGAGCCAGUACCCGAGCCAGCACCCCGCCCCAGCCUACGCCUUCACGGCAGCCUCUGGCCCCACCACCGCCUCCCAGCCCACCAUUCCCAGCCUCCCCAGCGCCUCAACGCCCCGGCCUCCGCCCUCUCAGGCCCCCUCUCGCACGCCCUCCCACGCUUCCGCCUCCGCCUCCUCAACCCUUCCCGCCACGCCGGAGGCGGCGGCGGAAGCCGAGUCCUCUCCCGAGGUGUCCCUCAGGCGGCGGGUGGUGGGCGUGCUGGUCAAGAUGCUGACCACUCCCGCCAGCGCCUGCCGCCCCUCCAGCCCCGAGGCGCUGCGGCUGCUGGGCUUCUUCGUCAACAGCCUAUCCAACCCACAGCUCACACAGCCCGACCCGCUGGUCCACAUGCCCAGCUGGUCUGUGCUGACGCCAUGCUAUGAGGAGGACGUGCUGUACCCGCUGGACGCUGACCUGGUAGCGCGGAAGCUGGGGCUGGCGCCGCCGCCCCGCAGCGGCAGUGGCGGCGGCGGGCGGCUGACGGACCUGCUUAGUGAGACAGAGGAUGACGUGUCGCUUAUGGCCUAUCUCAGGUCUGUUUUUCCGGGGGACUGGUCCAACUUCCUUCAGCGCCUCAGCCGCAGCCGCCUGGCGGGCGCCGACACUGCCCGUGUCACUGAGAACGACUUCGGCGGGGGCGGCCCCCUGCACGCACUGGCCCUGCAGCUGCAGCUGUGGGCGAGCUACAGGGGUCAGCUGCUGGCGCGCACGGUGCGCGGCAUGAUGUGCUACCGCGCGGCUGUGCGGCUGCACGUGCAGCUGGAGUGCCCGCGCCCCCCGGACGUCAGCCCGGCGGCGUACGAGGGCUGGGUGGAGGCGCUGGUGGGGGCCAAGUUCCAAUACGUGUGUGCGUGCCAGGUGUACGGCCGCGCGCGCAAGGCGCCCGACCUGCGGCGGCGCUGGCUGGCGGAGAGUGUGGACACGCUGUGCCUGCAGUACCCGGGCGGGCAGCUGCAGGUGGCGUACCUGGACAGCGCCGCCGCCACAGGCCCGGCGGGCCAGCAGCAGGGCCCGGCAACCGACUACAGCGUGCUCAUGACCGGCAAUCCCCACCAUCCCGCCGCCGCCACGACCGCCCGACUCCAGCCGCCAGGACCGUACGGCAGUACGGCUCCGCAGCCUGCGGCCGGCAGCGGUAGCCGCAGCACCAGCACGGGUGGUGUGGGAGGAGGCGCAGGCGCCGCGGCUGUCAGCCCCACGAUAGAGUUGUACCGCGUGCGGCUGCCCACCAACCGCUUCUCCUCUCGCGGCGUGAUCAUCGGCGAGGGCAAGCCCGAGAACCAGAACCACGCCGUCAUCUUCUGCUUCGGCGAGGCGCUGCAGACCAUCGACAUGAACCAGGACAACGCGCUGGCGGAGGCGCUCAAAAUGAGGAACCUGCUGCAGGAGCUGCAACCGGACCCGGCGCCGCGGCACCUUGUCCGCGCCGCGGCCCGGCCCCGCAGCAGCACCACGGCGGAGGCGCACCGGGAGGCAUUGGCGGCACGCACGCAGCGUGAGAACCCCGUGGCACUGGUGGGCUUCCGGGAGUGGAUCUUCAGCGACGUGAGCGGCGCACUGGGUACCUUUGCGGCGGCUGCCGAGUUCGCGUUUGGCACCAUCGUGCAGCGCGUGAUGAGCUACCCGGGCCGGGUGCGCAUGCACUACGGCCACCCCGACGUCUUCAACAAGCUGCACAUCAUGACACGGGGCGGCGUGUCCAAGGCCACGCGUCAGCUGCACAUCAGUGAGGACAUCUUUGGAGGCAUGAACCACACGCUGCGUGGCGGCCAGAUCAAGUACCGCGAGUACAUCAGCUGCGGCAAGGGCCGCGACAUGGGCUUUGACUCCAUCAACGCCUUCGAGGUCAAGAUCAGCGGCGGCGGCGGCGAGUGUGUGGUCAGUCGCGACGUGGCCCGACUGGCGCCACGGCUGGACCUGGCCCGGCUGUUCCACCUUUACCAUUCCGGACUGGGCUACUACAUCAACAGCUUGUUGAUUAUGACCUCCGUGCACCUCAACAUAUUCGUGGUGGCGGUGUUUGCGCUGGCUCGCGCCUCCAAUGUGCAGGUGGUCACCUCCCCACCCGACAGUGCCACCCCCUCGUUCACACUGGAGGACACACUGGGUGUGGAGCACGUGCUCAGCCUGGGCCCCCUCAUGCUGCUACCGUACGCGGCGCAGCUGCUGCUGGAGAGCGGGCUGCUGCGGACAGCCGCCACGUUGCUGAUGCAGCUGGUGGCGGGCAGCCUGGCGUUCGCUGUUUUCCGGCAGCAGACCACGGCGGCCUUCUUCAAAGACGACAUCACGUACGGCGGAGCGAGGUACAUCUCCACAGGCCGCGGCUUCUCCAUCACCUCCUCCUCCUUCACCACGCUCUACACCAACUACGCCCGCUCGCACCUGUACUUUGGCGCCGAGCUGCUACACCUGCUGCUGCUGACCGCUGCCGUGGAGGACUGCUCCGGCUGCUCCUACGCCGCCGUGACCUGGGGCACUUGGCUGGUUUGUGUGAGCCUGCUGUUCUCGCCGCUGUGGUUCAACCCCAUGGGCUUUAAAUCCGACAAGGCGGCGCGCGACUGGGCGGUGUGGCGAGGCUGGAUGCGUGGCGAGGCAGACGCCGUCACCGGCACCAGCUGGUACACCUGGAACAGGAAGCAGCUGGAGAAGGUGCGCAACGAGCGCGGCGCCGUCACGGACGCGGGGCUUACGGCGGCGGGCCGGCUGGUGGAGGGCGCACUGCCGCGGCUGGUGCUGGCGGGCGCAGCCGCCUCGCGCUUGGACCUGACGGUGGGCGCGGGGCCGCCGGCAGUGCGGUCGCCGCUGCUGGUGUUUGGUGCGGCCACGGCGCUGCUGUGGGCGCUGCUGGGGCUGAGCUGGGGGCUGCAGCGGCGCUUCGCGGAGCGUGGAGCGGCGCGGGCGUGGCGGCGGUUCCGAGUGGCGGCGGCGCUGGGCCUGGUCGCCGGCCUGGUGGCGUACCUCGUGGUUGCAGUGCGUGUGUUCAGCGGCCCGGCGCUGUCCAACCUGGCGCUGCUGCUGUACGUCAACAGCCAGCUGGUGCUGGCGGCGCACGCCGGCCUGGAGGUGCUGGCCCCCGGGUCGGCCGCCUGCCGGGCCCUGGUGGACGGCGUGUACUGGGCGAUGGACUGGGCGCUGGGCGGCGGGCUGCUGUGCGUGGUGUCGCUGUGCGCCUGGCUGGGGGUGGUGGACUGGCUGCAGACGCGCCUGCUGUUUAGCGCCACGUUCGCGGACAGCGUGCGCCGUGGCAAGAUGGUCCGCACCAUCGGCCUCAUGAAGCUGGAUGAGGAGCACAAGCGGCGGGAUGAGGGAGAAGCACGUGCGGCUCUGGCCCGCUCUGCCGCCAUGUCGCAGCAGCCCGCGGCCGUGAACACGGGCGCGUACCAGUACGGCAAUGGCACCCCGAAUGCAGCCGCUGCCGCUACGGCUGUUGGAGCUGUGGGGCACGUGCAGUUGGGGGCCGUGCCGCCGGCACCACAGCCACGCGUGUAACGUUGACUUGAUGAUGAUGUGUGUGACAAGGUGUGACGUGGCGUGUCGCAGGAUGUGUGCGUUGCGGGCAGUGAUGUGCAGUGUGAAGCAGGAGACGAGGCAUGCCCAUAGGGGGACUGUAUCGCUGGGAGAUUCAUGGACGUGUGUGCUGAGGGUGUGGAGCUCUCCACUGCAUACGCGGUAUUGGAGGCGUCAUCGUCGGCACCGUAUUGAUUGGUGUCAUUGUCGGCGUGUGGAGAGGUGAGGAAGCGCAGAGGAAAGCGACUG